AUUACAAUUCUUGAGAAAGCGUCAACACAAAGGGCAAGACGAAGAGAAAUCGGGUCAAAUUUCAUUACAUUACAUGUAAAAAGUGACUACGCAAACCGUGGGACUCCUAGGAGCAGAGUGUUUCACGAAGAACAUUAACAAGUUGCCGUUGUCGUUUAUUCGCCCAGUACCUUGAACUGUACGGACUACUUAAUUAGAUAAAUAGUAUAAAAGACAUACUUGAGCUAGACAGGCGUGUCUCUUAACAACUGAACAAUUAUCCAUUUGCCUUCACGCCUGAGCGGUCAUCACGAAUGCAGACACUAUAAAUAGCUAGGCCGCUACUUCUGGUGAAGAAAGAAACGCCUUUUCCAUAUCGGUUAUCGUUCAAAAUUUCAAGGAAGAAAGACGGCGUUGUUGUGUUUCCCAAAUUGAUACAGUAGCAGUUAGAAGAUGGCUGAAAAUCAGGUGAGCGGAACAUGCUGAAUAAUAGCACUAGUGUUCACAACAUGUGUUCGGCUUUUUUUUAGUUUGUCGGCAGUUCGCUUUUGAUGUAGACUCACGACAAACAGUAUCUAGCUGGUUGGAGAAGGAAUUUCUAUGAAAUUUAUACCAGUGUUGUAUCGAGCGUUAGCCCUUUGUCAGAGCGAACUUCAGUUUUGAAACUCUUUACGAUGGCCAAUUUACGUUAUCAACUCAGUUGAUAAUACCAAAUUACCUUGUUGUACUCUCCCACCGACGCAGCAGUUCGCUUGUGAUGCAGACUGGCGAUAAAGAGCAUCUGGCUGGUUGUAGAAGGCAUUUCUAUGAAAUUUAUUCUCAAUAGUGAUUCCCAGUCGACUUAAAAACAAAAUUGUAACGCGCUAACGAACUUUCAAGUAAAACUUGUCUAGACCAGAGUUUUGCUGAUGGACAAUGGCGACGACUCAGCGUUGGGUGCAACCGAAAGAGAUAAUGAAUCAAGUUACCUAUGAAGAAAAAAAAUGAAUAAACUAUUUAUGAUUCUCUUUAUAAUAACAAGCUCCACGCUCCUUCAGUUUCAAAACUGACGCUCGCUCUGACGAAGGGAUAACGCACGAAAGGUCUGUCUUUGUUUGAAACUCUUUACGGUGACCAGUUUACCUUAUUAACUCAGUCGCUAAUACUAAAUUACCCUGUUGGACUCUUCCACGGAUGCAGCAGCACUACUUUAGAAACUUACUCACUUUAUCCACGCUCCUCCGACUGAUAAAAGAAACACAAUCCGCUAUCAAUAAUAAGAACAUUAAUGCGUGGGGGAAUUUGCAUUUCUGAAUUCCUUUACCUUGGAGGAGUCAAAACAGUAACUUUUGCGGUCGACUUUUUACCUAAAAUACUACUACAAAUCAUGGAGAAGCAUGUGAGCCUCCUUUGGAAUACAACGAUUGGAAGAAAACACACUCUUUCAGAGGGACCCAGAUAAUGCAAUCGAAUGUUUAUUUCUGUUCAGGAAAAAAUUAAAAUCAGAGAAACAUUCCACACCAUUCCAAGGUCAGUUACGCGGAAGAUCGUGUCUUCAACAUUUCAGUCCUGUCGCAUCUAAUGCUCUUAAGGGAGAAAUGAUAUCGCAUUCGAGCUAACUUUUGAAACUGAUUAAAUUAUGAGUAGGUAGCGUAGGAUCAGCAGAAAAGUUGGCUAAAGACUUUACCAAAAUUAUUUAGUAAACAUCUUUUGUGAUAGAUUACUGAACAGACAGGGCGGCAACUUAGAAUCUAGUUGUUUUAUUUUAUAAAAAAAAUGGUGACGCCAAAGACUUCUGUCUUUCAAAAAUAUUUAGUAAAAUAACAAUCUUUAAUUCAGUUAUCAUAUUACUUUGAACAGACAGGGCGGCAACUUAGAAUCUAGUUGUUUUAUUUUAUAAAAAAAAUGGUGACGCCAUUCAUGCGUAGAAGUUUUUUGUUUGUGUGGUCAUGCGAAGCAAUUAAACUUGAAAUAGGAUGUAUGAUUUAAGGAGGACAUGAUGAAAUUCUUUAAAAACCACUUUCCAUUCUGUUUCGUAUCCUCCAAAAACCAUUUCGGAGGCUGUACACGUUCACUUUCUCAACGUCCUUUCCUGAAUUGGCUGCGCAGUUGACUUACAUGAUUACAAGGGAAAAGUAUUUAUCUCGCUUUUUUUUGCAGGCCUUGUACCGUCCGUGUUUGUUACUCGAUAUCAAAGUGUUACGUGGAAGGAAUAUUACCCUGGGCACUUAUUCUGAUUGGGGUUAGUAUUGUUCAUUCAAAAACUCAUUAAUAAUUCAUAAGCCCAUUAACCUAUCAAAUGGUAGAUAAUACAUCACGUGCAGUGACUUUAGAUCGAUAAACCUCAUCCUUAUUAGUAUGCGGUGUUUUAUCAGAUAUAAAGACACUGCACGUGACUUAUGAAUAUUAAUUAAUUAUCAACACAGAAACUGACACAACAAAUGGUGGGAACAUAUUUAAUGUUCUUUCAACAAAUUUCACACAGUAAAUUUACUUUUGCGCCAAAUUAAUAGUACAAUUGUGAAAUACACAUCUGGAAAAAUUCUCUAUUCCAUUAGUACAGUAAUCUGGUAAAGGCAUAUUAGACAAUACAUCAUCUGAAACUUCGAAUGUUUUUCUCGUAUGCUAAUUUCUAACGUUCACAAAAGUAUAAUUGUUAUGAACUCUCUUGACACACGCUUUUCCAAGAAUGUUUUUGAAGCCGUUCAAAAAACUCGCAGCACGUGUUUUAUCGGGUCAAAAACCACUCGGCUACGCCUCGUGGUUUUAAACCCGAUCAAACACUCCUGCUCGUUUUUUAAACAUUACAUAAUCACUGUUACAUUAUUUUCCUUAUUUCUUGUACAGACUGAUACUGUGUAUGUAGCCACCGGAAUGUCGUCUGUUUUGUUCAACUUUUUUUCUGCUCAUUGUAGUCUACUGAAGUGAACAUGAUCUGUUAAAUGCUACAGUUAUAUGUUCUCUCAGUGGUAAAGUUAGCUGAACCUGCAUUGUAAACGACUACUUUGGGAACCCCAGUUAGUGUCACAAAUUAUCGACAGCCACCAUGUUUUAGCACUUCCUUUGGUUGAGAUGGUAUUCACCUGACCGGUUGUUGUCUGUGAUGAUCUGUAAAUCAGUUCAUGAAAUUUUUCCAUCCGAGGACUGUCUAACUAAUCAAUGUUCUUCAUGUAAUUAGCUCGGAGGCAGAGAGACAGUUUUAUUGAUUGGCGAAAGUUGUCUGCGCUCACUUUCGUUCAAGAAAAUCACAGCAUAUGUUACCCCCCCCCCCCUCAGAUAAAAUAAAAUAUUUUUAUCUUUCAGUGGAUACACCGGAUCCCUACGUAAAAUUGUUCAUUAGAACAGCGCCAAAUGGCAAGAAGAGAACCAAAGUGAAAAACAACACAGCUAACCCUGUGUGGGAAGAAACAUUGCAGUUUUACCUUGAUCAAAAUGUGAAAAACAUUUUGGGUAAGCAACCUAUGGUAUUUGGAACACGAGAGUGAGACAAGAUGCAUUUUUCUUGAUCAUUUAUUGGGUUACUUCGGUAAACAACAUAUUGAACCUUAAAACUUAACUUAAAAUAUAGUCGAGAUUUAGUUGCUUCAGUUUAAAUUGAAAACGCAAGGUUCUUUUAAGAGCCGAGAAAUGCUUUUUCUUUCCCAGAUCUUAUCAAAAAACAGGAACUGGAGAAGUUAUCUUCAAUUCCACUGUUGAUCUCACUGAAAUAUUCCGUUCGUAUAAGUUCCAUUGAUGUGUUUUGACCCAUUCACUUGUCAACUUAAAACUUUCUUUUUUUCUCAGAAAUAACUUUAAUGGAGUCAGACACACUCAGUGACGAUUUGGUAGACACAAAGUCAUUUGACUUAAGUGCAUUGAAAAUCGAUGAAACUUACCAGAAAACAUUUGUCUUCAGAGAGGUAUGA